UCCUGGCCUCAUCAGAAAAACGAGAAGCCCUUCGAGCUCACACCUACAGAGGCGUGGAGCUGCCGGCACGAGCACUCUGACUGCUGGAUAUAACAGCGACUGCUGACAUGGAUCAACUGUUCGAUCAGGAGAACUGGGACCGGGUCCAGGCUGUGGCCAACUCCUUUGGGCCAGCGGGGAAGUUCUUGCUUCAGUCAGGUCGGGUUCUGGUCGGAGAGGGCAAGCUGGUAAAGCAGAGCCGCAAAAAGCGGCAGGCCAAAGCCUUCUUCCUCUUCAACGACGUGCUGGUGUACGGCAGCAUCGUCCUGAACGGCCGCUGGCACAAAAAGCUCAAGGUCAUCCCUCUAGAGGACAUCCUGCUGGAGGACCUGGAGGACGGCGUCAGGAUGAAGAACCAGUGGCUGAUCCGCACACCCAGGAAGUCUUUCUAUGUUUCCGCUGCCUCCUACGAGGAGAAGCGAGCCUGGAUCGAGCACAUCGAGGAGUGCAAGGGCAGAGUGACGCAGGGCAGUGACCGGAGGUUGGACUUUGCCAAUACCUGGAUCCCAGACCAGGCCUCCGCCGUCUGCAUGCGCUGCUCCAGCAAGUUCACCAGGACCCACCGCCGACACCACUGCAGAAAAUGCGGCUUCCUGGUGUGCGGCCCGUGCUCCAGGAAGCGAGCGGUCAUCGCACACAUCGACUCCACUAAGCAGCUGAGAGUCUGUAAAACGUGUUACUUGAGUCUGGGGGUCGAGGUCCCCGAGCUGACCCGUCAGAGGUGGGACAGCGGCGGGAAGUCGGACGAAGACGAGCUGGAAUGCUACAGCGAGGAAGAGGAGGCGGAGCACAGCCUGGAGGAGGAGGACCCCGGCAGGUGGAUGGACUCCUGGUCCCCUUACGUCUACAUCAAUCCAGAGCACAUCAGGCCCCAAACAUAGAGCCACGCAGAGGCUCGGUGCUGGACUCUGGGCCUUUGUUUCACACGUGGACUCAGUGCUGCGCAGCAGCGUGUGACACGCUCUGUACAUACUCUAUUUAUUACACCAUGUUAUUUAUGUUUCAUGAACCAUCUGCAGCUGCUGCUCUUCUCUUUGUGCAUAAACACUACUGUGAAGCUGUUCUCAUCCCUCCACCAACACUCGAGGCAGACGUCGCUCUGACCUGCUGCGUCUGCGUUUCCCUCAGCCGUCCAGUGUGUGUGUGUGUGUGUGUGUGUGUGUGUGUGUGUGUGUGUGUGUGUGAACAUGUAAACCACUGAAAUAACGACAAACAAUAAAGAACUCAAUAAGA